AUGACCGUAAUAUCUACCUCGUCUGGCCCCAAGCAACUUCACGAUGCCGAAAAGCUAUCUCAGAGUGAUUCGUCGCUGGAUUCGCAGGAAGAACGGCACAUCACUGGCUUCAAGUGGUUUUUAUUUCUCUUCAGCACCCUGACGGCCAUCUUCGUCUACUCUCUAGACAAUACAAUUGUUGCCAACAUCGCUCCGAAAAUCGUCAACGAUUUCAACGCGGUCGAAGAUUUGCCAUGGCUAUCGGUAGGGUUCAUGAUUGGGGGAAUGGCAAUGAUACUACCAUUUGGUAAGAUCUACGCACUUUUUGAUGCCAAGUGGGUAUUCAUUGUAUCCACCGUCGUGUUUAUGGCAGCCUCUGCACUCUGUGGCGGGGCACCCACGAUGGACGCCGAGAUCAUCGGGCGAGUCUUUGCUGGUGCGGGCGGUAAUGGAAUGUACUUCGGUCUGCUUGCUCUGAUUUCCAUGAACACCUCCAGCCAAGAACGUCCAAAAUGGCUAAGCUUGAGCGGUUUAGUCUGGGGUCUCGGGACGGUCCUAGGUCCUGUUGUCGGCGGCGCCUUUGAGCUGUAUACUUGGCGCUGGGCAUUCUAUAUCAACCUGCUGUUCGGCGCCAUCUUGCUGCCAAUCUAUCUAUUCGUCAUCCCAUCUAACGACCCACUACCUGGGAUGUCGUGGUGGCGGAAACUAGCCACCUUUGACUGGGUGGGCACGGCAAUUAGUGUCGGAGCAUUUACCACUCUGGUAAUGGGCAUCAACUUCAGUGGAACCCUUUACCCAUGGAAUAGUGGGCAGACGAUUGCGCUGUUUGUUGUCUCCGGCGCUCUCUGGAUCAUCUUUGGCCUCCAACAGGGCUUCAACAUCGCGACCUCGGCCGACAGGCGCAUUUUACCAAUUCACCUAUUUACUCAGAAGGAGCCAGUCUUACUAUUUAUCACCUGUGCAGCAGUAGGCGCUGUCUCCUAUAUCAGUGUCUAUUACGUCCCUAUUUAUUUCCAGUUCACCCAAGGAGACAACGCGAUCAGAUCUGCCGUCCGCCUACUCCCUUUCAUCUUCCUGCUAAUCACUACCAUUCCGACUAGUGGUGUCAUGAUGUCUCGUGUCGGCUACUAUAAGCCCUGGUAUCUAUGUGGCAGCAUAAUUGCCCUAAUCCCGGCUAUCGUGCUAGGACUCGGAGCUGGCGCCUACACCCAGGCAUCCUUUGGGGUCAUUCAGGCUGUGGUAGCCCCGGCUGAGGCACCCAAUGGACUGACUCUCAUGCUCCUCGCCCAACUAAGCGGCAUGACGCUAGGCCUAUCUAUCAGCGGCGCUAUAUUCGUUAAUAUCGCGUCGAACGACCUGUUCACCUUACUCCCUGAUUAUCCGCAAUCACAAGUUAGGCAGAUCGUCUCCGGAACGAGUGGCCAGCUGCUCCCGUCACUUCCUGAGACGCUACGUGAUCAAGCGCUUGUCAUUAUCGUGUCUGCAUGGCACAACAUUUUCAUCUGCGUGUAUGUCGCCGCUGCUGCCAGCUUGGUAUGCUCGGUCUUUAUGUCGCAUAAAAAGUGCAACGUCUCGGCCGCUGCGGGCGGUGCGUGA